CUCACCCCCACCUCGGUCACCAGAGCGGGCGCAGCGGCGACCAGUUGGCCCGGAGAUGCGAUCCCUUCUGCCGCUGACGCUCUGUUGCGUCAGCCUGGUGUGCUUCCAGGCGCUGUUGGCGGAGGAGCUCUUCAGCUUGGACUAUCUCAACGAGCUAACCGACACCGAACAGGAUCCACGGUUGGUUCCCGCGGCGCAAACCGACGCCGCCAGUCCAGCCGAGAAACGGCCUCUCCGACACCUCCCGCCGCCUGAGGCGAGCAGAAGCAACCCCGCUCUGGCGUGGGCGCAACCCGCCGAGCGUCCGGGGGUCAACGGGAGACCGCAGAGGACCCGCCGCCACGCCCACCGGGGCGCCCAUCACUACCCCCAUCACGCCCAGCUGAUGCGAGUGGGUUGCGUGCUGGGAACCUGCCAAGUACAGAACCUCAGUCACAGGCUUUAUCAGCUUAUCGGCCAGAGCGGGAGAGAGGACUCGUCCCCUAUUAAUCCCAGGAGCCCCCACAGCUACGGAUGAAAGACGCCCGCCCCGCUACCCACCCUGACCCACAAUUUUUAUCUUUAUUUAUCUCUUUAAUAUAUUAGUCCGGUAUUACAGUCCACGUCACCUGGAUCACUACUGUGCCUCUUUACUUUUCAGGCCAUUUGUCCAAUUUAGCACCUCGCAGCAACCUGAGAAUGUUUGCAUUUUUUUCCACAGACGGACAACCUAAGCAACCUCAGUCGGACUUGCUAAUCCUGUUAAUGUAAGGACGACGGCUUGUCUUCAACUCCACCCUGUGCCUCGCUGAUCAAACACCCCGAAUUCUUGAUUCAGCCCUCACGUUGCGCUCAGUGCCAGUCAUGUCAGAUCCCAUUCGGACACAUUUUAAGAUAUAACCAAGAGCAUUCGGGGGGAUGGGGGGGGGGGGGGUCUACGGGGGCUGUUUGAUCCUGGAAACGCUCUUUCGAAGAAUGUGGAUUUCUGAUCAAAGUAACACUGAAAAAAUCUGGAAAUGUUGUUGGAUGGAAAACCUUUUGAGAAUGUAUUUCAUUUCCUCAAUACCCGUGUCUUAAUAUACUCGUUGUCCUCACCAGCAAGUUAAUUCCGGAUACUGGUAGAACAACCCUAUUUCCAGUCAACAAAACUUACCGUAAUACCCGGCCUACAGAGCGCACCUGGUUAUAAGCCUCACCCAGUACAUAUAAAGUAAGUUUCUUUCGGCUUGUCCCGGAAGGGGUCGCCACAUCGUGUCAUCUCAGAUGAACGGACAUAUUUGUUUGGCACAGUUUUUACGCCGGAUGCCCUUCCUGACGCAACCCCUCAUGGAGAGUAGAGGCUCCAGUGGGAUACGAACUCAUGACCCCUGGUUUACCAAUCCAAUGCUCUAAAUUUGUGAAGGAAAUACCAUUUGGUACAUAAAUUCGCCGCAGCUGUGUAAAAGUCGCAAGUGCCCACAUUGAAACACGGGAUAUAUACAAAGAAAGAUGGCACACAGAACAAAUUUAACGCUAGCGCGGCGCUAAUGCUAACGCUAGAGCGGGACUAACGCCAAUGCUACCGUGAAGCUAAUGCUAACGUGGCGCUGACAGGGCCGGUUAAAAAAAAAAAAAAACUUACCUGUAAAAAUCACUGAGAAAUGCCAGUAACACAGCAGCAACAUGCUACCACAGUGCUAACGCUAGUGCAGCACUAAGAUGGCCGGUAAGAGUCACUUCCUCGGCAUAUAUAUCCCACCGGUCUCACUCUUAUCUUUUCCCAUGGAGUGCCCCCCUCGCAGCCGUUAGACAAAAUGCACAAAUUAGCCGCAUCAAGCAUAAACCGCAGGGGUUGAGAGCGAGUGGAAAAAAGUCGCGGCUUGUAGGCCGGAAAUUACGGUACUAGUAAACUACUGUGCGAGGAUAUCAAAUGAAUGUUCAGUAAAUGUUGAAUUGCAACAUUUACAAAAGACUGCAAUAAACCGAUUAGGAUUGCCCGGCUCAUUCCCGCUCUUAACGACUGCCGGCUAAAUCAAAACAAAAACUCUUGUGAAUAAACGUAUGACGCAGAUUAACCCCAGAGUCGGGAAAAGCGCACGGGAAGUGUCAUGUCCCUGAUCAAAAUGUCAAUAGUCACGUUGUGUCAGCAGUAGCCAUGUGGAGCCGUGUUCAAAGUGUGGAAAUAUUAGGCCCUUUCAGGUGAUUCAUAAAUUCCCCCCACGGGUCGGGACUUUGGGGUUGACGGCAGUUUAUUAAAGCUGACCUAAUCUUUGCAGUCAUAUGCAGGAACAGCGGGAUCGGCGGGGGUAAUUCUAUACGAGUACCUGAUAAUACUUGACAAACGGAGGUCAUUCUCUGCACGUGAUUUUAUUUCUGUUCAUAUUCUGUAUUCUCCCCGCUAUGGAAUUAAAGACGUGCCACCAGGAUUUGAAUUUGAAAUGUAAACCAAACAGCCAGCCAAUCGCAGUUACGCUUUCUUCGGAUGUGACGUCACGUGACUACAAAAGCGUAACUGCGAUUGGCUGGCUCUUCGGUUCUGACCUGAAGUAACCCUGCCUGGUGGCACAGACGGUGAAUUUCAGACCGCGAAUUGUAGCAACUAUUGAAAAUGUCAUCACUUUACAUUUUAACUUCAAAUCCUGUUUUCUGCGGCAUUUCAAAUUAAAAUCCUGCUGGCACAUAUUUACUCCCAUAACCCCUCUUCCCCCCCUGCAGGGGAGCAUCAAGGCCACGGCGAGAAAGAAAACUGAGUCAUGGUAAAUUGAAAUAAAGUUAUCUUGUGGAAAUUGCAAACGUUACAAUUCAAACUUGAUUUAUUUUGAACUUCAGUGUAGCCCAAAAUACGUCAUUAACAUGACAUAACCUUGCAGUUUUAUGCCUGUAAUAUUGCAUCAUUAUCAGAAUGCUAUGGUUUAACCCCCAAAAAUAUACCCUUAAUUCUACAACAUGACAAUUAUAAUAUUCUAACAUAAGUCACUUUAUUUGUAGCAUUAGAAAGUUUGAAUAACCCGAGAUAAAGCCGGAACUUUUUUCCGCCCCCAUCCAAAUAGGCCACUUGAGUCAGUGUGAGAAUUUUGACGUUUUUCCAAGUUUUCACUUGGCUCACAACAGAAAGGUUGCCUUUUUCAGGAAGGGUGACCGUUUAAUCCCGUAACGUUCGAAUUUUAGCGCCAUUCUCUACGGCCCCAUUACUGUACUCCCAAAACUCUUUCAUGUGCUUGCCUUCGGGAUCAUGAGGACACAGGGUAAUACUCGCCGGUUCACUAGUCUUAACUCUAAUCUGCUUGCGAAGGUGAAACACGCCACUCUGUCUGGUGUAAUUGAGCUAAUCAAUGUCUUGUGAUAUAGAUUGUUAUUAAAAAAAAAGCUUUUGGCGUACUGACAACCCUUUGGUGAACUUCUGGAAGUUGUUUGUGUUAUCUCACCGUUUGUUUAAAAGUGCCGCGGAUCUGUGGAUAUAUUUGUUGUUGCUUUUGUGACGUCGAGUGCGUGGCCAUCAGUCCUGCCCCACCCCCUUCACUGGACUGGCUAUCGCAAAUACACACAAAAAGCAUCAGGGUCGUAUGCCUGAUCACAAACGUAGCUCCUUUUUUUUGUAAAUGUCACAUUUGAAUAUUUUUAAACACGCCAGUGCACUCCUCGCGGUGUCGGAGUCAACUGUGAAUCCCGUGUGUACAUAGAUGCCUUCAGACGAGCUAUUUAAAAUAAAAAUGUAUCUAUUUAAGUUAUAUUUAUGUGUUCAUACGUGUAUGUCACCAAAGACUCGUGUCACAUUUUGUUCCCCUCUUUGAAAAUGUGACACAAUGGUAGAAAUGUAAAAAUGUCCAUGUUGUCCAGUAUGUAAAAUAAAACGCAACGCUGUACUGCAUAGAACCCAUCGAGUGUGAGUUGUAUGUACGAUGGGGGUCUGUGGACUCCCAAAAUUUACAUAUUUAUCAAAGUGUGAAUUUGAGAAAAUUCUCCAAUUGCUUGUGGUAUAAUAUUU